AUGGCCAGUGGCGGACGACAAUAUGAUAUUGUUGUGUUUGGAGCCAGUAGUUUCACGGGCCAGUUUAUUGUUGAAGAGCUGGCUAGAGUUGCUGGUGAGGAGCGUAUAAAAUGGGCCAUAGCCGGUCGAAAUAUGGAAAAGCUUCAAGAAGUGCUGAAGAAAGCUACAGAUAAUCUGGCUAAGGAUUAUAAUAAUAUUCCCAUCGUGAUCGCCGAUGCUCUCAACGAAGAGUCAUUGAAUGUGAUGUGUAAACAAACAAAGCUAGUCCUCAAUGUUUGUGGGCCUUUUGCACAUCUCGGGGAAAAUGUGGUCCGUGCCUGUAUCGAAAACAAAACUCAUUAUGUAGAUGUAAGCGGAGAGGUUAUCUUCUUGGAAAAUAUGCAACUGAAAUACAACAGUAUGGCGAAGGAAAACAAAGUGUAUGUAGUCGGUUCAUGUGGUUUCCGGUGCCUCCCUGUGGAAAUGGGUGUAAUGUUUACAUCGCAGAAAUUUGAUGGCGAUCUUAACAGCCUGGAGGCUUACCUUUCUACCAGCGGACCGGUUAAGUAUAACACGUCAACGUUCGAAAGCCAGGUGUACGGCUUCCAGACUAGACACGAGUUGAAGCCUCUAAGAAAGGCCCUCUUCUCUUCAGUUGAAUAUUAUAAACCUCAACAUGUAGUAAAAGCAAAGUCUGGACUUUUUUACGACAAGAACAGUUCAAAAUACUGCAGUUCUUGGCCUGAUGCGUAUAAGUCGGUCUUGUAUCGUUCCCAACGAUUUCUUUAUGAAAAUAACCAGAUCCGACCUAUUCAAUGCGCUUUGUACGUGUGCCAUGACUCUCUCUUGAUUAUAAUAAUUUUCUUGAUUACUGGCUUCAUAAUGAACUUUUUGGCUAACUUUUCUUGGGGAAGAGCCCUUCUGUUGAAAUAUCCUGGCUUUUUCAGUGGUGGUCUCGCUCAAUCUGGAGGUCCAACCGAAAGCCAAAUAAAUAAUUCUGCUUUCUCUGUCAACUUUUAUGGCAAAGGCUAUCCUAGCCGCACUAAGGAAAGUGAACCUCACGAAGACCAACCUGAUAAAGCAAUUACCACCCGUGUUUUGGGACCCGAUCCAGGUUAUCUUACUACGGCUAUUUGUGUUGUACAGGCGGCUCUUGUUGUAUUAAAGGAGAAUGAGAAAAUACCGGAUCAAGGUGGUGUCCUGUCCCCUGCGGCUGCCUUCAGAAAUACCGGCCUUGUUAACCGGCUGACCAAGCGUAACCUCAAGUUUGAAAUUGUCGAUGGAGAAAAAGCUGAAGAUACAACUGCACCAGAUUGUCCUUCUAUAGAAAAGACUACAGCAGGCGCUACCUCGCUUAAAUCUAAAACAUCAGUAACACCCAAAUACAAACUGGACAUUACAGGCUGA